AUGGCCUCGACAAUCCCCUCUGCCCAGGCCGCCUCGCAGCCCAGCUUCGUCAAGCUCGAACCCUCAUCGUCAUUCUACGAUCGCAUCACAACCUGGGCCUCGGAGCACAAGGCUGCCGUCUACACCAUUGCCGGUAUCACAUUGGUUGCCACCGGUGCCGGAAUCUACUACUACACAUCCGAGUCGGCUCCCACGCCGCAAGACCUCGAGGCUGCCGCCGAGAAGAAGAAGGCUCGCAAAGAGAACAAGAAGGCCAAGAAGAACGCACAGAGAGAGCAAAAGUCCCCCUCGCCCGAGUCAAAGCCCCAGGGUGUGUUUCGCUACACCUGCGCCACUUGA